GCAAGAAGGCGUCCUCAGAUACUGAUACUGCUGAGUGGUGGCAGAUCUCAAGAUGAUGUUGGAGGUGCUGCUGCAGCUUUGAAACAGGACAAAAUUGUACCAUUCAGUAUUGGUACAAGGAAUGCAGACAUAUUAGAGCUCCAAAUGAUAGCUCAUAUUCCCUCCUAUGCUCUUUCUGUCCCUCGGUUCGAUGACCUUGAAAGCAUUCAACAGCAGCUUUUGUCAUUUGUAAAAAGGGUCCCUCGUCAGCCAAGAGUUUAUCAACCAACUGUAGUAGGUAAGGAGUUAUUUCUCUCCCUCUCUUCAUUAGCCCUUUAAUCUGUCACAUUUCAGGUUGCUACCUUCUUGCUGAAAAUAGCUGGAUGUCUUACUCAGUACAUUCAUUCAUUCUUUAAGCAUGCCUUGUGAAAAAUGUCGCUAUUAUUUUCUAGUCACAAAUACAGUACCAGUCAAAUGUUUGGACACACCUACUCAUUCCAGGGUUUUUCUUUUUACUAUUUUCUACAUUGUAGAAUAAAUGAAAUAACACAUAUGGAAUCAUGUAGUAACCAAAAAGUGUUAAACAAGUUAAAAUAUAUUUUAUAUUGGAGAUUCUUCAAAGUAGCCACAGUUUGCCUUGAUGACAGCUUUGCACACUCUUGGUAUUCUCUCAACCAGCUUCACCUGGAAUGCUUUUCCAACAGUCUUGAAGGAGUUCCCACAUAUACUGAGUACUUGUUGGCUGCUUUUCCUUCUCAUCCCAAACCAUCUCAAUUGGGUUGAGGUCAGGUGAUUGUGGAGGCCAGGUCAUCUGAUGCAGCACUCCAUCACUCGCCUUCUUGGUCAAAUAGCCCUCACACAGCCUGGAGGUGUGUUGGGUCAUUGUCCUGUUGAAAAACAAAUGAUGGUCCCACUAAGCGCAAACCAGAUGGGAUGGCGUAUCGCUGCAGAAUGCUGUGGUAGCCAUGCUGGUUAAAUAUAAAAUGUAUUUUAACUUGUUUAACACUUUUCUGGGUACUACAUGAUUCCAUAUGUGUUCAUAGUUUUGAUGUCUUCACUAUUAUUCUACAAUGUAGAAAAUAGUAAAAAUUAAGAAAAACCCUGGAAUGAGUAGGUGUGUCCAAACUUUUGACUGGUACUGUACAUGUACAUGAUAUUUCUUUAUAAUUUUACCUGAGAAUGACAUUUUAUUCAUAUGAAUCUCUAGAUAAAUCUGAAUCCAAACAACGGGAUGUUGUUUUUUUACUGGAUGGCUCUGAUGAAACUCUAAAUGGAUUUGAGGCAAUGCGUGACUUUGUGCAGAGAGUAGUGGAGAAACUCGCUGUGGAGGAGAACAAAGAUCAAGUGUCUGUGGUCCAGUACAGCAGAGAACCAGAGGCCCACUUCUAUCUGAACACUUACACAACAAAGGAAGACGUUGUGGACAGUGUAAGAGGCCUGAGGCACAAAGGAGGGAGACCCCUCAACACUGGGGCAGCUCUCCAGUAUGUCAGGGACAAUGUCUUUACUGCCUCCUCUGGAAGCAGACGCCAAGAGGGCAUCCCUCAGAUUCUGGUUCUAUUGAGUGGGGGAAGGUCCAAUGAUGAUGUUAGAAAUGCAGUUACAAACCUGAAAGAAAUUGGUGUUAUGGCAAUAGUGGUUGGAAUGAGGAAUGCCGAUACACUUGAGCUUCAAACAAUUUCACAUGAACCCAGCUAUGCUUUCUCUGCUACACAUUACAACGAUCUCCCAAACAUUCAACAGCAAGUGUUAUCUGCUGUUGAGAGAGUUGAAUUGACCACUACUAACUUGCCAACAACAUUAAUAGGUAAGACUGCAAUCAUCACAACAGUAAUGUUGUAGUUGGUCAAUUAAGUUAGCAUAAUGUUGAUGUAUUUCAUUUCACAAAACACAGUUGUUUAUUGAAUUCCCUAAAUGUAUAUGUAAAAUGUUAUUAACACAUUUUAUAAAUGCUUAUAGAUGCUGCAACAAAUGAUUACAGGAGGGACAUUGUAUUUUUACUUGAUGGUUCUGAUGAUUCCCGAAGAAAAUUUCCAGAUAUUCAAGACUUUAUUCAGAGAGUAGUGGAGAAACUCAAUGUAGAUGGGAAAAAAGAUCAUGUGUCUGUGGUUCAGUACAGUGACACAGCAGAGGUCAAUUUCAAGUUGGGUAUGCAUUCAAAAAAAGAUGAUGUUCUUGAUGCCGUAAGAGGUCUGAGGCACAAAGGAGGAAGUCCUCUAAAUACUGGAGCAGCUCUCCAGUACGUGAGGGGCAAUGUCUUUACUGCCUCCAAUGGAAGUAGAAGCCUGCAAGGUGUUCAACAGAUACUGAUACUGCUGAGUGGGGGAAGAUCUAGAGAUGAUAUCAGAACCCCUGUCACAAAGCUCAAAGAAAUGGGAGUAAUUUCAAUCGGUAUUGGCACAGGAGAUGCCGACACACUUGAACUACAAACGAUAUCUCAUGAACCUAAUUACGCCCUUUCUAUUACUGAUUUCAAAGACCUUCCCACAAUUCAGGAAGAAUUGUUGUCAUUGUUAACGGAAGCAUCUCGUCAACCAGUGCCAACUGCCCAUACCAUGCAUUUUGGUAAGCUGUAGCCAUUUCCAUUUUUCUGUAGUGGCAUGUGUUCUCUGUGUUCAGGUAAAGGAUCUUAUCUUUGUUAAUGCAUGUCCUUUGAGGAAAUCAUAGAUAUGUGUCUAGGGUGUUUCUCCUUAAGAGAAUAAGGUUAUUGAGAUUUCAGUUGGACAAUGGUUUUAUGCUAGCAAUGACCUUGCUUUCUGUGCCCUCUCAGAAAAGUGGCUUUCCUUUCUCUCUGCAACCAUUCUUUACCUUCAUUUCAGAAUCUGACAAAAAGGAUGUUGUAUUUCUCAUUGACGGAUCUGACGACUCUAGAACUGGCUUUGCGGGGAUUCGCCGCUUUGCAGAGAAAGUAGUGGAGAGUCUUAAUGUGGAGGAAAAUGGCGACCGGGUGGCCCUUGUUCAGUACAGUCGGGAUGCCACACCCAAUUUCUAUCUGAAUUCAUACUCUUCUAAAAAUGAUGUGCUUAAUUCAAUAAGAUCCAUGAGGCACAAAGUUGGAAGAAUCCUCAACACUGGCACAGCACUGCAGUUUGUGAGAGACACUGUCUUUCCUGCUUCGGCUGGAGGCAGACGUGCAGAGGGUGUGCCUCAAUAUCUAUUUGUCUUCAGUGGUGGGAGAUCUAGUAAUGACUUAAGGGGACCAGCGCAGUCAUUGAGAGGGGAUGGAGUAAGAACAUUUAGCUUUGGAACAAAGAAUGCUGAUACAUUGGAGUUACAAAGCAUAUCUUUUACACCAGCACACUCUUUUUCUGUUGCCAAUUUUAACAACCUUGACGGGAUACACUCUUCCGUGGCUGCUGUAAUGAGUGGUGUUAAGGAAACACCUGAAAUUUCAACUGUCAUUGGUAAGAUUAUGAAGAUAUAUUUCACAAUCACUUAAGGCUUUUUUAAAUCAAAGAUUUUUAUAAAUUCACUGUAGUUUACUGAGAAUGUCUUCCAAAUCACACUAUUAGAGAGCAGCAUUGACAUCCUAUUGAAUACAAAACGUAUAUAUGGACUUAAUUAUUAUGUUUGCUCAUUUCAGACAAUUCCACUUUGUUGACAUCAGAUAUCCAGAUGGUGGAUGGGGUCGAUGUCGUAUUUUUACUUGAUGGAUCUGAUAAGAUGCGAGAAAGUGUCCAAUCAAUACGUGAUUUUCUUGGCCAAUUUGUUAAACAUCUAGAAAUUGGGCCAGACAAAACACAUGUUGCUGUGAUCCAGUACAGUGACAAACCCACCACUCAUUUCCUAUUGAACACAUACUCAUCAAAGAGUGAUAUCAUGGCAAAAGUACGCAAUAUCAAUCUGGAAGGAGGAAGGCCCCUCAACACUGGGGAAGCUCUUGAUUAUGUUAAAAACAAUGUCUUUACUGUCUCCUCUGGAAGCAGACUCCAAGAGGGCAUUCCUCAGAUACUAAUACUGCUAAGUGGGGGGAAAUCCCAGGAUGAUGUUGUGGUUCCAUCUGAGAGUCUGAAGGCAGCUGGAAUUGUGCUUUUGACUGUUGGGGUCAAAGACGCAGAUGGAGCGGAGAUGCAGAGCAUUGCAUACAGUCCUAAUCAGGCAUAUCUUCUCAGAGAGUUUUCUGACCUCUCUCUUGUUAGACAACAGUUGCUCUCAGCAAUUGUCUCUCACAAAGAUUCAGCAAGACCAGGCUUAGGUGAGUGAAACAGAGUACAAUAUUAAACAAUUUCUAUGAAAAUAUUUAUAAAAUAAGUUGUUUUUCAAUCAACUUCAAAAUACAGUAUGUAGCUUAUACUGUAUCUUGAAAUGUAUUAUGUACCAUGCACAAUUUGCUGAUUUAGUUGAAUUUUCAUUCUAGUUCAAGGCCCCAGUGUGAAAAGAGACAUUGUUUUCCUCCUUGAUGGAUCUGAUGAUGUUAGGAGUAGAUUCACAGCAAUACGUGAGUUUGUUGCGAAAGUGGUGGAAAAGUUUGAUGUGGACCAGGGAAAAGAUCAAGUUGCUGUUGUGCAGUACAGCAACAGUGCAGCAGUGAACUUCAACCUGAAUGCUUACAAGACAAGAGAUGAUGUACUUACAGCAGUCAGAAAUCUAAAACCAAAGGGCGGGAGGCCUCAAUAUACUGGCACAGCCCUCCAGUUUGUGAAGGACAAUGUCUUUACUACUAAUGCUGGAAGUCGACGUCAUGAGGGUGCUCAACAGAUCCUAGUGCUACUGACUGGUGGCAGAUCUAGAGAUUCUCCUCGAGGUCCUUCCAGGGCACUAAAGACUUUUGGGGUUGUAACAUUUGCAAUUGGAUCAAGGAUGACUGAUUUGGUUGAAAUGCAAUCAAUAUCAUCUCUUCCAAAUUAUUCUUAUUCAGUCCCUGAUUUUGCAAACCUUCAAAACAUCCAGAAAAGUUUAGAGACACAUCUUGCUCAAGUGAGACCACAAGAGGAAACUAGAGUUGGUAAGAAAUAUUAAAGUGUACUGGUGACUUACUGUAAACGUUGACUCUCUAUAUUCGAUUUUUGAAAAGAACAACAUAAAUUAUUUAAGUAUUAAACAGGUCAUAUGUUUUUUAUUUAUUUGUUUUAUGUUUUUUUAUUUCUUUUUAUUGGAAACAGCAGAAAACGACGAAAAUAGGAGAGAUAUUGUGUUUCUUCUGGAUGGAUCAGAUAACACCAGAAAAGAAUACCCAGCUAUUCGGGAUUUCCUCCACAAAAUCAUUGAAAAUCUCAACGUGGAACAAAAUAACGACAGAGUGGCAGUGGUACAGUUUAGUAACUUGGCAGUGGCUAAUUUUUAUUUGAAUUCAUUUCUGAGAAAGGAGGACAUGUUGAAUUCUGUAAGGGGACUCUCACAUAAAGGAGGAAGACCCCUUAAUACUGGAGCAGCUCUGAAGUUUGUGAAAGAAAAUGUCUUCAUCAGCUCCUCUGGGAGUAGACACUCGGAGGGUGUGAAACAAAUACUCAUUCUGAUUAGUAGUGGAAGGUCAAGAGACAAUGUGGAUACACCAGCAUAUGCUCUCAAGGAGCUUGGUGUCUUGGUGAUUGGAAUUGGAACAAGGAGCUCUGAUAGCAAAGAAUUACAAAAAAUAUCCCAUGACCCCAGUUAUGCUCUUUCCGUGUCCGAAUUUACUGACCUCCCCAAUGUCCAACAGCAGCUUCUUUCUGCUAUGAGGACUGUCAUUGUACAGGUCACGACCAUGACACCAACAGUAAUACCAACAAUACUAGGUAAGAAAGAUAUGGUUUUGAUCAGUUCCAGUUGCUCUCUUACAUCAGGAUGGAGUAUUUGAUAGCUUUGACAUUUUAAGUAGAUGCCGCUGAGACCUUUCAUGUUGGUUUUAUUUCAUACCUCUGUAGGAAUGUUCUCUAUGAUAGCAAUCAGUCCAAUUGAGAUUAGGGAAAGGGAUGACUUUCAUAUGACAGAAGCAUCUUUGUCCUGUUUUCCCCUUACCAAUGCAACAUUUAAUAUGACUCUUUUUCUGAACAUUCACAUUCACUAGUUGAGAGUCAGGCUCCCAGGAGGGAUGUCGUGUUCUUGCUGGAUGGAUCUGAUGGCACUAGGAGUGGAUUCCCAGCAAUGCGGGACUUUGUUCAAAGAGUGGUGGAGACACUCGGUGUGGAUGAGAACAAAGAUCGCGUUGCUGUGGUCCAGUACAGUAGAGAUCCAGCUGCCCAAUUCUAUCUGAACACCUACACAACAAAAGGAGAGAUUCUCAACACUGUAAGAGGUCUGAGACACAAAGGUGGGAGACCUCUCAACACUGGAGCAGCUCUCCAGUACGUGAGAGACAAUGUCUUUACUGCCUCCUCCGGAAGUCGACGCUUUGAAGGUGUUCCACAGUUACUGAUUCUGCUGAGUGGUGGAAGGUCCUUUGACAAUGUUGACACUCCAGCUUCUGCUCUGAAGGAGCUUGGGGUCUUGAUCUUUGGAAUUGGAACAAGGAGUUCUGAUAGCAGAGAAUUGCAGAGGAUAUCACAUGAUCCCAGUUACGCUCUGUCUGUCUCUGACUUCACUGACCUUCCAAACAUCCAGCAGCAACUUCUGUCCUCGGUGGAGGCAGUUGUUAUUGACGUUACUCCAGAAUCGCCAACAGUUUUAGGUAUGUGUCAUCACUGUUAAUUAAGAGUCAGGAAGUGUUAGUAACAUGUCAGCUGAUUCUUAGAAACGACUGUAUAAUUUGACCACAAGCCCUACAUUUGACCAGUCUGAUUGACAUAAUCUAUUUCUUUUCUCAGUUGAUCAUGACACCUCCAGAAAGGAUGUGGUAUUCCUUGUGGAUGGUUCUGAUGGCGCAAGGAAUGGAUUCCCAGCAAUGCGUGAUUUUGUUCAGAGAGUAGUGGGGAAACUCAAUGUGGGAGGAGACAAAGACCGCGUUUCUGUUGUCCAGUACGGUAGAGAUCAAGAAGUUCAUUUCUAUCUGAACACAUACACCACCAAGGAGGACAUUCUUGACACUGUCAGAAGUCUGAGGCACAGAGGAGGUAGACCCCUUAACACUGGGGCAGCCCUCCAAUACGUAAGGGACAACGUCUUUACUGCCUCCUCAGGAAGCAGAAGCCAAGAGGGCGUCCCUCAGAUGCUGAUACUUCUGAGUGGGGGAAGGUCCAGUGAUAAUGUUGACAUACCAGCUUCUGCCCUGAAAAAGAGUGGGGUCUUGAUCUUUGGCAUUGGAACCAGAAAUUCCAGCAGAGAGGUUCAAAGGAUUGCCACUGAUCCUAGUUUUUCCCAGUCUGUUUCUGAAUUCACUGACCUCCCCAGCAUCCAGGAGCAGUUUUUCUCCACACUCAUAACUGUAAAAGUUGAGGCUACACCCAUAACCCCAACAGUCAUAGGUAAGAACUGAUGCGUUAUCCAGGACAACUAAAGCAACACACACAUAUUUCAGUCUCAGGUUCCAUGAAGCAAUGUUGACAUAUAUUUUUGUUUUGUUUCUGAUACUCUUAGUGGACCAAAGCAUUGCCAGAAAGGAUGUAGUAUUCCUGCUGGAUGGUUCUGAUGGCACUAAGAAUGGCUUCCCAGCAAUGCGUGACUUUGUUCAAAGAGUGGUAGAGAAACUCACUGUGGAGGAAAACAGAGAUCGAGUCUCUGUGGUCCAGUAUAGCAGAGAAUCAGAGGCCCACUUCUAUCUGAACACUUAUACAACAAAGGAAGACGUUGUGGAGACCGUAAGAGGCCUGAGGCACAAAGGAGGGAGACCCCUCAACACUGGGGCAGCUCUCCAGUAUGUCAGGGACAAUGUCUUUACUGCCUCCUCCGGAAGUAGGCGCCUUGAAGGGGUUCCACAGAUUCUGAUACUGUUGAAUGGUGGAAGGUCCUUUGACAAUGUAGAUACACCAGCGUCUGCUCUCAAGGAGCUUGGUGUCUUGGUGUUUGGAAUUGGAACAAGGAGCUCUGAUAGCAGAGAAUUACAAAAGAUAUCCUAUGACCCCAGCUAUGCUCUUUCCGUGUCUGAAUUUACUGACCUCCCCAAUGUCCAACAGCAGCUUCUUUCUGCUAUAAGCACUGUCAUUGUACAGGUGACAACCAUGACACCAACAGUAAUACCAACAAUACUAGGUAAGAAAGAUAUGGUUUUGAUCAGUUCCAUUUGCUCUCUUACAUCAGGAUGGAGUAUUUGAUAGCUUUGACAUUUUAAGUAGAUGCACCUGAGACCUUUCAUGUUGGUUUCAUUUCAUACCUCUGUAGGAAUGUUCUCGAUGAUAGCACUCAGUCCAAUGCACACAUUGCCACUUUCUUUGAACAGUUGUUUGAGAUUAGGGAAAGGGAUGACUUUCAUAUGACAGAAGCAUCUUUGUCCUGUUUUUCCCUUACCAAUGCAACAUUUAAUAUGACUCUUUUUCUGAACAUUCACAUUCACUAGUUGAGAGUCAGGCUCCCAGGAGGGAUGUCGUGUUCUUGCUGGAUGGAUCUGAUGGCACUAGGAGUGGAUUCCCAGCAAUGCGGGACUUUGUUCAAAGAGUGGUGGAGACACUCGGUGUGGAUGAGAACAAAGAUCGCGUUGCUGUGGUCCAGUACAGUAGAGAUCCAGCUGCCCAAUUCUAUCUGAACACCUACACAACAAAAGGAGAGAUUCUCAACACUGUAAGAGGUCUGAGACACAAAGGUGGGAGACCUCUCAACACUGGAGCAGCUCUCCAGUACGUGAGAGACAAUGUCUUUACUGCCUCCUCCGGAAGUCGACGCUUUGAAGGUGUUCCACAGUUACUGAUUCUGCUGAGUGGUGGAAGGUCCUUUGACAAUGUUGACACUCCAGCUUCUGCUCUGAAGGAGCUUGGGGUCUUGAUCUUUGGAAUUGGAACAAGGAGUUCUGAUAGCAGAGAAUUGCAGAGGAUAUCACAUGAUCCCAGUUACGCUCUGUCUGUCUCUGACUUCACUGACCUUCCAAACAUCCAGCAGCAACUUCUGUCCUCGGUGGAGGCAGUUGUUAUUGACGUUACUCCAGAAUCGCCAACAGUUUUAGGUAUGUGUCAUCACUGUUAAUUAAGAGUCAGGAAGUGUUAGUAACAUGUCAGCUGAUUCUUAGAAACGACUGUAUAAUUUGACCACAAGCCCUACAUUUGACCAGUCUGAUUGACAUAAUCUAUUUCUUUUCUCAGUUGAUCAUGACACCUCCAGAAAGGAUGUGGUAUUCCUUGUGGAUGGUUCUGAUGGCGCAAGGAAUGGAUUCCCAGCAAUGCGUGAUUUUGUUCAGAGAGUAGUGGGGAAACUCAAUGUGGGAGGAGACAAAGACCGCGUUUCUGUUGUCCAGUACGGUAGAGAUCAAGAAGUUCAUUUCUAUCUGAACACAUACACCACCAAGGAGGACAUUCUUGACACUGUCAGAAGUCUGAGGCACAGAGGAGGUAGACCCCUUAACACUGGGGCAGCCCUCCAAUACGUAAGGGACAACGUCUUUACUGCCUCCUCAGGAAGCAGAAGCCAAGAGGGCGUCCCUCAGAUGCUGAUACUUCUGAGUGGGGGAAGGUCCAGUGAUAAUGUUGACAUACCAGCUUCUGCCCUGAAAAAGAGUGGGGUCUUGAUCUUUGGCAUUGGAACCAGAAAUUCCAGCAGAGAGGUCGAAAGGAUUGCCACUGAUCCUAGUUUUUCCCAGUCUGUUUCUGAAUUCACUGACCUCCCCAGCGUCCAGGAGCAGUUUUUCUCCACACUCAUAACUGUACAAGUUGAGGCUACACCCAUAACCCCAACAGUCAUAGGUAAGAACUGAUGCGUUAUCCAGGACAACUAAAGCAACACACACAUAUUUCAGUCUCAGGUUCCAUGAAGCAAUGUUGACAUAUAUUUUUGUUUUGUUUCUGAUACUCUUAGUGGACCAAAGCAUUGCCAGAAAGGAUGUAGUAUUCCUGCUGGAUGGUUCUGAUGGAACUAAGAAUGGCUUCCCAGCAAUGCGUGACUUUGUUCAAAGAGUGGUAGAGAAACUCACUGUGGAGGAAAACAGAGAUCGAGUCUCUGUGGUCCAGUAUAGCAGAGAAUCAGAGGCCCACUUCUAUCUGAACACUUAUACAACAAAGGAAGACGUUGUGGAGACCGUAAGAGGCCUGAGGCACAAAGGAGGGAGACCCCUCAACACUGGGGCAGCUCUCCAGUAUGUCAGGGACAAUGUCUUUACUGCCUCCUCCGGAAGUAGGCGCCUUGAAGGGGUUCCACAGAUUCUGAUACUGUUGAAUGGUGGAAGGUCCUUUGACAAUGUAGAUACACCAGCGUCUGCUCUCAAGGAGCUUGGUGUCUUGGUGUUUGGAAUUGGAACAAGGAGCUCUGAUAGCAGAGAAUUACAAAAGAUAUCCUAUGACCCCAGCUAUGCUCUUUCCGUGUCUGAAUUUACUGACCUCCCCAAUGUCCAACAGCAGCUUCUUUCUGCUAUAAGCACUGUCAUUGUACAGGUGACAACCAUGACACCAACAGUAAUACCAACAAUACUAGGUAAGAAAGAUAUGGUUUUGAUCAGUUCCAUUUGCUCUCUUACAUCAGGAUGGAGUAUUUGAUAGCUUUGACAUUUUAAGUAGAUGCACCUGAGACCUUUCAUGUUGGUUUCAUUUCAUACCUCUGUAGGAAUGUUCUCUAUGAUAGCACUCAGUCCAAUGCACACAUUGCCACUUUCUUUGAAUAGUUGUUUGAGAUUAGGGAAAGGGAUGACUUUCAUAUGACAGAAGCAUCUUUGUCCUGUUUUUCCCAUACCAAUGCAACAUUUAAUAUGACUCUUUUUCUGAACAUUCACAUUCACUAGUUGAGAGUCAGGCUCCCAGGAGGGAUGUCGUGUUCUUGCUGGAUGGAUCUGAUGGCACUAGGAGUGGAUUCCCAGCAAUGCGGGACUUUGUUCAAAGAGUGGUGGAGACACUCGGUGUGGAUGAGAACAAAGAUCGCGUUGCUGUGGUCCAGUACAGUAGAGAUCCAGCUGCCCAAUUCUAUCUGAACACCUACACAACAAAAGGAGAGAUUCUCAACACUGUAAGAGGUCUGAGACACAAAGGUGGGAGACCUCUCAACACUGGAGCAGCUCUCCAGUACGUGAGAGACAAUGUCUUUACUGCCUCCUCCGGAAGUCGACGCUUUGAAGGUGUUCCACAGUUACUGAUUCUGCUGAGUGGUGGAAGGUCCUUUGACAAUGUUGACACUCCAGCUUCUGCUCUGAAGGAGCUUGGGGUCUUGAUCUUUGGAAUUGGAACAAGGAGUUCUGAUAGCAGAGAAUUGCAGAGGAUAUCACAUGAUCCCAGUUACGCUCUGUCUGUCUCUGACUUCACUGACCUUCCAAACAUCCAGCAGCAACUUCUGUCCUCGGUGGAGGCAGUUGUUAUUGACGUUACUCCAGAAUCGCCAACAGUUUUAGGUAUGUGUCAUCACUGUUAAUUAAGAGUCAGGAAGUGUUAGUACCAUGUCAGCUGAUUCUUAGAAACGACUGUAUAAUUUGACCACAAGCCCUACAUUUGACCAGUCUGAUUGACAUAAUCUAUUUCUUUUCUCAGUUGAUCAUGACACCUCCAGAAAGGAUGUGGUAUUCCUUGUGGAUGGUUCUGAUGGCGCAAGGAAUGGAUUCCCAGCAAUGCGUGAUUUUGUUCAGAGAGUAGUGGGGAAACUCAAUGUGGGAGGAGACAAAGACCGCGUUUCUGUUGUCCAGUACGGUAGAGAUCAAGAAGUUCAUUUCUAUCUGAACACAUACACCACCAAGGAGGACAUUCUUGACACUGUCAGAAGUCUGAGGCACAGAGGAGGUAGACCCCUUAACACUGGGGCAGCCCUCCAAUACGUAAGGGACAACGUCUUUACUGCCUCCUCAGGAAGCAGAAGCCAAGAGGGCGUCCCUCAGAUGCUGAUACUUCUGAGUGGGGGAAGGUCCAGUGAUAAUGUUGACAUACCAGCUUCUGCCCUGAAAAAGAGUGGGGUCUUGAUCUUUGGCAUUGGAACCAGAAAUUCCAGCAGAGAGGUUCGAAAGGAUUGCCACUGAUCCUAGUUUUUCCCAGUCUGUUUCUGAAUUCACUGACCUCCCCAGCAUCCAGGAGCAGUUUUUCUCCACACUCAUAACUGUACAAGUUGAGGCUACACCCAUAACCCCAACAGUCAUAGGUAAGAACUGAUGCGUUAUCCAGGACAACUAAAGCAACACACACAUAUUUCAGUCUCAGGUUCCAUGAAGCAAUGUUGACAUAUAUUUUUGUUUUGUUUCUGAUACUCUUAGUGGACCAAAGCAUUGCCAGAAAGGAUGUAGUAUUCCUGCUGGAUGGUUCUGAUGGAACUAAGAAUGGCUUCCCAGCAAUGCGUGACUUUGUUCAAAGAGUGGUAGAGAAACUCACUGUGGAGGAAAACAGAGAUCGAGUCUCUGUGGUCCAGUAUAGCAGAGAAUCAGAGGCCCACUUCUAUCUGAACACUCAUACAACAAAGGAAGACGUUGUGGAGACCGUAAGAGGCCUGAGGCACAAAGGAGGGAGACCCCUCAACACUGGGGCAGCUCUCCAGUAUGUCAGGGACAAUGUCUUUACUGCCUCCUCCGGAAGUAGGCGCCUUGAAGGUGUUCCACAGAUUCUGAUACUGUUGAAUGGUGGAAGGUCCUUUGACAAUGUAGAUACACCAGCGUCUGCUCUCAAGGAGCUUGGUGUCUUGGUGUUUGGAAUUGGAACAAGGAGCUCUGAUAGCAAAGAAUUACAAAAGAUAUCCUAUGACCCCAGCUAUGCUCUUUCUGUGUCUGAAUUUACUGACCUCCCCAAUGUCCAACAGCAGCUUCUUUCUGCUAUAAGCACUGUCAUUGUACAGGUGACAACCAUGACACCAACAGUAAUACCAACAAUACUAGGUAAGAAAGAUAUGGUUUUGAUCAGUUCCAUUUGCUCUCUUACAUCAGGAUGGAGUAUUUGAUAGCUUUGACAUUUUAAGUAGAUGCACCUGAGACCUUUCAUGUUGGUUUCAUUUCAUACCUCUGUAGGAAUGUUCUCUAUGAUAGCACUCAGUCCAAUGCACACAUUGCCACUUUCUUUGAAUAGUUGUUUGAGAUUAGGGAAAGGGAUGACUUUCAUAUGACAGAAGCAUCUUUGUCCUGUUUUUCCCAUACCAAUGCAACAUUUAAUAUGACUCUUUUUCUGAACAUUCACAUUCACUAGUUGAGAGUCAGGCUCCCAGGAGGGAUGUUGUGUUCUUGCUGGAUGGAUCUGAUGGCACUAGGAGUGGAUUCCCAGCAAUGCGGGACUUUGUUCAAAGAGUGGUGGAGACACUCGGUGUGGAUGAGAACAAAGAUCGCGUUGCUGUGGUCCAGUACAGUAGAGAUCCAGCUGCCCAAUUCUAUCUGAACACCUACACAACAAAAGGAGAGAUUCUCAACACUGUAAGAGGUCUGAGACACAAAGGUGGGAGACCUCUCAACACUGGAGCAGCUCUCCAGUACGUGAGAGACAAUGUCUUUACUGCCUCCUCCGGAAGUCGACGCUUUGAAGGUGUUCCACAGUUACUGAUUCUGCUGAGUGGUGGAAGGUCCUUUGACAAUGUUGACACUCCAGCUUCUGCUCUGAAGGAGCUUGGGGUCUUGAUCUUUGGAAUUGGAACAAGGAGUUCUGAUAGCAGAGAAUUGCAGAGGAUAUCACAUGAUCCCAGUUAUGCUCUGUCUGUCUCUGACUUCACUGACCUUCCAAACAUCCAGCAGCAACUUCUGUCCUCGGUGGAGGCAGUUGUUAUUGACGUUACUCCAGAAUCGCCAACAGUUUUAGGUAUGUGUCAUCACUGUUAAUUAAGAGUCAGGAAGUGUUAGUACCAUGUCAGCUGAUUCUUAGAAACGACUGUAUAAUUUGACCACAAGCCCUACAUUUGACCAGUCUGAUUGACAUAAUCUAUUUCUUUUCUCAGUUGAUCAUGACACCUCCAGAAAGGAUGUGGUAUUCCUUGUGGAUGGUUCUGAUGGCGCAAGGAAUGGAUUCCCAGCAAUGCGUGAUUUUGUUCAGAGAGUAGUGGGGAAACUCAAUGUGGGAGGAGACAAAGACCGCGUUUCUGUUGUCCAGUACGGUAGAGAUCAAGAAGUUCAUUUCUAUCUGAACACAUACACCACCAAGGAGGACAUUCUUGACACUGUCAGAAGUCUGAGGCACAGAGGAGGUAGACCCCUUAACACUGGGGCAGCCCUCCAAUACGUAAGGGACAACGUCUUUACUGCCUCCUCAGGAAGCAGAAGCCAAGAGGGCGUCCCUCAGAUGCUGAUACUUCUGAGUGGGGGAAGGUCCAGUGAUAAUGUUGACAUACCAGCUUCUGCCCUGAAAAAGAGUGGGGUCUUGAUCUUUGGCAUUGGAACCAGAAAUUCCAGCAGAGAGGUUCGAAAGGAUUGCCACUGAUCCUAGUUUUUCCCAGUCUGUUUCUGAAUUCACUGACCUCCCCAGCAUCCAGGAGCAGUUUUUCUCCACACUCAUAACUGUACAAGUUGAGGCUACACCCAUAACCCCAACAGUCAUAGGUAAGAACUGAUGCGUUAUCCAGGACAACUAAAGCAACACACACAUAUUUCAGUCUCAGGUUCCAUGAAGCAAUGUUGACAUAUAUUUUUGUUUUGUUUCUGAUACUCUUAGUGGACCAAAGCAUUGCCAGAAAGGAUGUAGUAUUCCUGCUGGAUGGUUCUGAUGGAACUAAGAAUGGCUUCCCAGCAAUGCGUGACUUUGUUCAAAGAGUGGUAGAGAAACUCACUGUGGAGGAAAACAGAGAUCGAGUCUCUGUGGUCCAGUAUAGCAGAGAAUCAGAGGCCCACUUCUAUCUGAACACUCAUACAACAAAGGAAGACGUUGUGGAGACCGUAAGAGGCCUGAGGCACAAAGGAGGGAGACCCCUCAACACUGGGGCAGCUCUCCAGUAUGUCAGGGACAAUGUCUUUACUGCCUCCUCCGGAAGUAGGCGCCUUGAAGGUGUUCCACAGAUUCUGAUACUGUUGAAUGGUGGAAGGUCCUUUGACAAUGUAGAUACACCAGCGUCUGCUCUCAAGGAGCUUGGUGUCUUUGUGUUUGGAAUUGGAACAAGGAGCUCUGAUAGCAGAGAAUUACAAAAGAUAUCCUAUGACCCCAGCUAUGCUCUUUCCGUGUCUGAAUUUACUGACCUCCCCAAUGUCCAACAGCAGCUUCUUUCUGCUAUAAGCACUGUCAUUGUACAGGUGACAACCAUGACACCAACAGUAAUACCAACAAUACUAGGUAAGAAAGAUAUGGUUUUGAUCAGUUCCAUUUGCUCUCUUACAUCAGGAUGGAGUAUUUGAUAGCUUUGACAUUUUAAGUAGAUGCACCUGAGACCUUUCAUGUUGGUUUCAGUUCAUACCUCUGUAGGAAUGUUCUCUAUGAUAGCACUCAGUCCAAUGCACACAUUGCCACUUUCUUUGAAUAGUUGUUUGAGAUUAGGGAAAGGGAUGACUUUCAUAUGACAGAAGCAUCUUUGUCCUGUUUUUCCCAUACCAAUGCAACAUUUAAUAUGACUCUUUUUCUGAACAUUCACAUUCACUAGUUGAGAGUCAGGCUCCCAGGAGGGAUGUCGUGUUCUUGCUGGAUGGAUCUGAUGGCACUAGGAGUGGAUUCCCAGCAAUGCGGGACUUUGUUCAAAGAGUGGUGGAGACACUCGGUGUGGAUGAGAACAAAGAUCGCGUUGCUGUGGUCCAGUACAGUAGAGAUCCAGCUGCCCAAUUCUAUCUGAACACCUACACAACAAAAGGAGAGAUUCUCAACACUGUAAGAGGUCUGAGACACAAAGGUGGGAGACCUCUCAACACUGGAGCAGCUCUCCAGUACGUGAGAGACAAUGUCUUUACUGCCUCCUCCGGAAGUCGACGCUUUGAAGGUGUUCCACAGUUACUGAUUCUGCUGAGUGGUGGAAGGUCCUUUGACAAUGUUGACACUCCAGCUUCUGCUCUGAAGGAGCUUGGGGUCUUGAUCUUUGGAAUUGGAACAAGGAGUUCUGAUAGCAGAGAAUUGCAGAGGAUAUCACAUGAUCCCAGUUAUGCUCUGUCUGUCUCUGACUUCACUGACCUUCCAAACAUCCAGCAGCAACUUCUGUCCUCGGUGGAGGCAGUUGUUAUUGACGUUACUCCAGAAUCGCCAACAGUUUUAGGUAUGUGUCAUCACUGUUAAUUAAGAGUCAGGAAGUGUUAGUAACAUGUCAGCUGAUUCUUAGAAACGACUGUAUAAUUUGACCACAAGCCCUACAUUUGACCAGUCUGAUUGACAUAAUCUAUUUCUUUUCUCAGUUGAUCAUGACACCUCCAGAAAGGAUGUGGUAUUCCUUGUGGAUGGUUCUGAUGGCGCAAGGAAUGGAUUCCCAGCAAUGCGUGAUUUUGUUCAGAGUGUAGUGGGGAAACUCAAUGUGGGAGGAGACAAAGACCGCGUUUCUGUUGUCCAGUACGGUAGAGAUCAAGAAGUUCAUUUCUAUCUGAACACAUACUCCACCAAGGAGGACAUUCUUGACGGUAUCAGACUUCUGAGGCACAAAGGUGGUGGACCCCUCAACACCGGAGCAGCCCUCCAGUUCGUAAGAGAAAAAGUCUUUAGGCACACCUCUGGAAGCAGACGUGAUGAAGGUGUUCCUCAGAUAUUGAUUUUGCUGAGUGGUGGACGGUCAAAUGACGCUGUUAGACAAGCUGCCUUGGAUAUGAAAGGUCAAGGAAUUCAGAGUAUUGGCAUUGCCAUCAGACAGGCCGACACUAGAGAAAUGCAGUCAAUUACAUCUGAUCCACAGCUGAUUCUCGGGGCACAAGACUUUUCAGACCUUCCAGGUCUGCAGCUGGAACUUUUAUCAUCAAUUUCUCAAGUUUCCAGUCCUGGUUUGAUAGGUAAACAUUUUCUUUGUUUUUCUCUGUCUAUUUAACCAGUUAAUUGCUUUGUGAUGUUAAGAUCUUUUAGAUCUACUGGUAUACUCAACUACUCUUUCCUAUUAAGAUAUUUGCUUUCAUCUACAUUCUCCAAAAUAAUGUGUAGAAGUAUUUAAGAGUAUUAGAAGAAUUAAAGCCGCUCAUUAAUUUAAGUCAUCAACGAUAAUGGGUCACCACUGUUAAGUUGGAUUGUUUAGUAGCAUCGCCACCUCAUUUGUCAAAUCCUCCAACAUCUUGCUUACGCCUUCUUUCACAUUGCUCUCACUCAUUUUUGCUUCUUUCAUCUUUCUUUCAAAGAUUGUUCUUGAAUAUUGAGAGUGAAUACUUCCACUUUACAUCCAUGCUUAUGCUUGGUAUUAUUACCACCUAAUGUCUAGAAAACCUUUCCAUUAUUUAUUUCAUUGUUCUCUUCUCUUCUUUAAACACAGUCUUACUAGUUGCCUAUUCUUAGAAUAAGCAAUUGUCUCUUUUUUUGCAGCAGUGGCAUUUACUUCAGCUUUCUGGAAUGCAUUCAUUUAAAUCAGCUGCAGUUGUUUUCAGAGAUAUUAAUAUGUAUUUACUUAUAAUAUUUAAGAAAUCAUUAUUCCUUCUUUGUAAAUUAUAUUUACAGUAAUUGAAUAUGUUUUCCCCACAUAAAAUAAAGUACCAAAGAGAGACAUUGUAUUCCUUCUGGAUGGUUCUGAUGGCACCAGGAGUAGAUUCCCAGCGAUUCGUGAUUUGUUGAAAAACUAGUAGACAAACUCAACUUCACUCCACUUCUAUCUGAACACUUAUGUUACAAAGAAGGACAUUUUAGACACUGUUAGAGGUCCGAGGCAUAAAGGAGGGACACUUCUCAACACCGGGGCUGCCCUCCUGUACAUCAAGGACAAUGUGUUCACUGCUUCAGCUGGAAGUAGACACUUGCUCAGUGUUACACAGGUUUUAGUCAUUUUGAGUGGAGGACGAUCCAGAUACUCAAUUAACAAUGCUUCUCAUGCGCUGAAGCAACAGGGUAUCAUGGUCUUCGCCAUCGGGUCAAAAGCUACAGACAUUGAAGAGCUGCAAACUAUUUCUUUCAAUCCUUCUUUGGCACUUACAUUUCCAGAAUACUUUAUAGAUUGGAGAAUCAACUUUUAUCUUCAAUGAGAAUUACUAUUAGGAGAAACGCUGGCAUUUUGGGUAAGGGAUGUCAGGAACACUUUUCCCAUAAUUGCUUAUUGAUACUACAUGUGAAUCAUGGGCUUGUCCCGCCACUCUUUAGAUUGGCUUUGUUCUCCAACAUAAGUCAUUUUUCCAAAGCUCUCCCAAGGCUCAUAACCUUGAAUUAUAUAUUUUCCUUUGAUGUCGCUUUUCCAAGACAAAAAGAUUGUAGAAUCUUGAUAACGUAUUUUGAGGCUUAAUUUGCCAUUGUCUUCAACACAGAGGACAAUGAGCUCUGUUUCCCUGCAAUAUAUGGCAUGUGAUGGUAAUUCAUCUGUGCUCCUUUCUUCUUUGCUUUAAUAUUUGCUGAAUUUUGAAAUGAAGUGCUGAGUAUUUUAAGAUUCGUGCCUCACAUCUUUUAGUGUCAAACCUAGCUUCACUCUCACCACUGUGCUGGAAUGGUGUUUUCAUAAUUUGUUUCACUUGCUGUCUAGAUUUUCUUUUGCUAUGCCAAAUGGUUAUAGCAUGUAAACCCCCUGUUCCCCUUAAGUACUGAUAUGACAAGAGCAGCAUCUUGGUAAGUCCACAUGUACUAUUCUCCCUAGUGGAUUCGCGAAUUGGACGGCGUGAUGUGUUCCUCAUCGACUGCUCAGACAGCAGUUGCAGUUGGUUUCCUGCCAUGCAAGACUUUGUACUAAGAGUUGUGUAAAACCUUGAUGUUGCCAAAGACAGAGACAGGGUUGCAGUGAUCCAGUUUACAGUGACUCUGUAGUGUACUUCUACUUGAGUUCCUUUUCAACCAAGGACACUGUCAUCAGUAAGAUAUGAACAUUAAGACAUAAGGGAGGAAGAUCGCGCAACACUGCCACAGCUCUACAGUAUGUUAGAGACAAUGUCCUUACCAACUUCUCUGGAAGUCGACAUCUUGAAGGUAUUCCACAAGUACUGAUACUGCUCACAGGAGGACCCUCCAGCGAUAAUGCUAGGCAAUCGGCUUCAACACUCAAAGAUCUUGGCAUUUUGAGCUUCAGCAUUGUCAUAGACUCAAUUGUUCUUCCCACCACUGCUCAUAAAACUAGUUUUGGUUUUCUGAUCACUGACUUUGGAGAGCUUCCAGACAUCUUAUUAGAUGUACUGUUCACUUUAAAGCGUACCACUCUUAUUGGUAAGUGACUUAAUUUUUCUGUGUCACUUGUCUAUUCUUUUAAUAUUGGAAAGACAAUUUGGUGACAUGCAAAGAACUGUAGUCCAUUUGUUAAUCUGAAAAUAAAACUACUAAAUGUCUAAAUGCUUUCAUGAGACAUUAUACAAAACAUUUAUUGUAAUUUCUGAACUUGAAGAAACCAAGAAGGAUAAAAAAAGAAGGAAGGGAAGCACUGCUAAGGUAUAUAAUAGUAGGUUUUGGUAGACAGAAGGUGCUCUUUGGUAAAAGGGGUAAAUUGUUCAUCAAAAAGAAAGGAGGACCAAGGCACUCUUCAUAUAAUUAAUUAAAAUGCCUUUAUUUGUAUGGCAUGUUCAAUGGAAACAAAGUUUUAAAACUUGGACGCAUUUCAGCUGCAUGGCCUUCGUCAGGGAGUACAAAGAUAUGAUAAUACAAUGUCCUCUUUUGAACAGCUUUUUACAAUCAACCCUGAUUUGAAUAGGGAGUGGUUACAUAAUUCAUUGGACAACACCUAGUAAGCAAUACUAUACACAUUAAAAAGUGAAAUAAUGUAGAUAUGUUAUCAAAAAUGCAUAUCAAAGCUAGACGCAUCAGAACCCCUAGAAAGGUAGUUCUAACCUUGAAUAUGACUGGGCAAAGUGGUAAGAAUAGGAAAGAAAUCUAUUUUAUAGUACACUAGAUCACAGCAAAAAUGGGCCACAAAAGGGAUCAUCACAGAAGCUAAGGAGAAUGGCUACAUUUCAGACAAUGAGUACAAAUGUGAAACCUCCAAAACCUCCUUCUUUCCUAUGUCAAGACUUGUCAAAGCCGGGUAUCCUGACCCUGCCACAUUCAUUGGUCAGGGAGGUAAGACACUAGGAAGGAUUCCUUCAGCUGAAGUGUCCAAUCAUCGUUUGCAAAAGGAUAUUGAAUACCUUUGUGAAAACAUGCUUUCAAAAUGUAUUAGCACAUUUACCAUAUAAUGAGCAGUGGUUGAUAAAAAAUGUUGUUCUCCCUUUCCUUUCAGUUGAGUCCCAGGGUCCCAAGAAGGAUAUCGUCUUCCUUGUCGAUGGCUCAGAUGGCGUUGGACGGGAGUUCCCCAUCAUCCAGGAGUUCAUCCGCAGGAUCGUGGAGAACCUGAACGUGGGCAAGAACAAGAUCAGGAUUGGUGUGGUGCAGUAUGGUGGCUCCCCCAAUGCAGAUAUCUACCUGAACUCCCACACAACCAAGGAGGGGAUUAUGAACGCUGUCAAGGGACUGCGUCAGCGAGGCGGCCGGGACCGUAACCUGGGUCAGGCAUUGGAGUUUGUUAGUAAUGAAGUGCUGAAUGCUCAACAUGGCGGCAGGAAGGAAGAGGGCGUCCCACAGUUCCUGAUUGUCGUCUCCGGCGGGAAGUCCACAGAUGAUAUCAGUCGACCUGCGACAUCACUGAAGCAGUCAGGCGUUUUUCCCUUCAGCAUUGGGACCAGAGAUGUUAACCCUCAGGAGCUUCAGGUUGUCUCCUAUGUUCCCAACUUUGCCUACACUGUAGAUGACUUCCCUGGCCUGUACACAGUGCAGGAAACACUGAUCUCCACGCUCACAGAGUUGUCAGAUGAGGACAUUGCCAGGCUGCGCCCUGUAUUCCCAACUGUGGAUGGUAAUGCACUCUCUUGCUGUCAUUGAUGUAUGUUUUAUAGGAUGAAUGUCUGUUUGAAUUUCAUAGUAGUUGAUAAAAUGUUGUGGUAUAUUUGGACAACAUUGCACUGAGAAAUACUAAAGGCUGAUCCGGGAGUACCAUGUAGAACGGGCACUAGUAGAGAGCUAUAGGUGCCAGUGUCCAGAAGAACAAGUCUCAAUGUCUUCAGAUCAGGUUUAUUGCAGAUAAUGAUUCACCACACCACACCCCUCUGUAUUGACAGUGCUCACAGUGGAAGUCAGAGUGUAUAACAAAAGUGGUUCUACAAGGUAUUUCUGGAAUGGCAAUAAAGAGGCUAGAUAGAAUGUACAUACACGUACUGCACACUGACGUAUGAAUGCUGGGGAUAGCUUAUACAGUAAUAACAUAAUAUCUAUACAUUUCCAUAAACACUAUAAUGACCAGACAGUAAUAACACAGUUAUAUAAACACAACAAUGUAGUAUACAGGUAAAUAAUGCACACAAGAGAAUGACCACUGAUAAGCAUAGGCCAGAUCUACACCAAUGUAAUGACAUAGAAAGUAAAUGGAACAGCAACUGAAAUUUGACUGCAACGUCAAGCAUGGGAUAGUAACUGCGCCACGAGGAAGGCACAGGCUAAAUAAGACUACAUGCUACAUAAGGCUAAAUAAAGUACACGGUAGCAUGAGGCUACAAAAACAUUGUAAAUGUCCAUAAACAUAACAAUAUGCAUACACAGACAAUAAGAACAGAAUAAUCAUAUCCGAGGCAUGUGGUACACAGCAUAAAUGAGCUAGCAUGACUGGCUAGCACCUAGGCUAGCUUGCUAGAAGUAGCAUGAUGCACAUGGUAAAGGAAUAACUCUAUGAACCUUGUAAAAAUGGUAAAUGACUCGACUACCUUAGCAACACCCAACGAAGCAAUGACAUAAAGAAGCAAUGACAUGUUGUGUAUUUACACUAAGAUGCACGCACUAAACACAGGUAAAAUACAAUACACUUGAACAGUCCAGCAAGUGCAUUCACUUCUGACCAUGAUCUCACUCUGACGGCAAGAGCGGAGUUCAUUGAGGUGCAUGGAGAAUGGCGUUCCACAGGGAUGCUGGCCCAUGUUGACUCCAAUGCUUCCCACAGUUGUGUCAAGUUGGCUGGAUGUCCUUUGGGUGGUGGACCAUUCUUGAUACACACAGGAAACUGUUGAGCGUGAAAAACACAGCAGCGUUGCAGUUCUUUACGCAAACCGGUGCGUUGGCACCUACUACCAUACCUCGUUCAAAGGCACUUAAAUAUUUUGUGUUGCCCAUUCACCCUCGGUCCUGUGCUGUAGUCCUCUGUAGCUCAGCUGGUAGAGCACGGCGCUUGUAACGCCAAGGUAGUGGGUUUGAUCCCAACACAAAAAUGUAUGCACGCCUGACUGUAAGUCGCUUUGGAUAAAAGCGUCUGCUAAAUGGCAUAUUAUAUUAUAUUAUAUUAAUGACUGCAACUUUUCUCCAGUGAUUAGUAGCGGUACUACACCCCAAAAUGACAUCACCGUCAAUGUUACAUUUUCAUUGGCUCAUGAGAUUUAAACGGUCCUACACAGACUUCCACAUUACUUACCCCAGUAUAUUUGGUACCAAUGUUUUCGUCUUGAGCAGGGGAUAACAAAUAAAAUGCCACAGUGAAAUUCAUGUAUGGAAUAGUAUAGAAAUUGUGCAAUUUGGUGAUUUUCUUCACAUUACUCAUAACUUCAUAAUACAUUUGAACAGUAUAAGACAAGAAAUCCUUCAUGAACUGUCAUGCACCCUCUAUUUGAAACAAUAUUUGAAAAGGAUUCAAAAGGUGAAAAGGCAAGUUCAUUCACAUUUCUUCUUUGAUACGCGUGAGUUUUAUAGAAAUAAUCUUAUUUUUAUGAUGUAUUUGAGCAUGUGCUCUUCUCACACACAUAUAUACCAGUCCAAUGUAUUCUACAGCGUUGCAGCUGUCUGUGGAUAUAAGGGUUUACUAGUCUAUUCGCUAUACUCAGCUGAAGAGGUUUUACAUUUUUGCAUAGGAAAACCUGAAAUCACCAAUUACUGCACGUACAGUGGGGGAAAAAAGUAUUUAGUCAGCCACCAAUUGUGCAAGUUCUCCCACUUAAAAAGAUGAGAGAGGCCUGUAAUUUUCAUCAUAGGUACACGUCAACUAUGACAGACAAAUUGAGAAUUUCUUUUCUCCAGAAAAUCACAUUGUAGGAUUUUUUAUGAAUUUAUUUGCAAAUUAUGGUGGAAAUAAGUAUUUGGUCACCUACAAACAAGCAAGAUUUCUGGCUCUCACAGACCUGUAACUUCUUCUUUAAUAGGCUCCUCUGUCCUCCACUCGUUACCUGUAUUAAUGGCACCUGUUUGAACUUGUUAUCAGUAUGAAAGACACCUGUCCACAACCUCAAACAGUCACACUCCAAACUCCACUAUGGCCAAGGCCAAAGAGCUGUCAAAGGACACCAGAAACAAAAUUGUAGACCUGCACCAGGCUGGGAAGUCUACAUCUGCAAUAGGUAAGCAGCUUGGUUUGAAGAAAUCAACUGUGGGAGCAAUUAUUAGGAAAUGGAAGACAUACAAGACCACUGAUAAUCUCCCUCGAUCUGGGGCUCCACACAAGAUCUCACCCCGUGAGCAAAAAUCCCAGAACCACACGGGGGGACCUAGUGAAUGGCCUGCAGAGAGCUGGGACCAAAGUAACAAAGCCUACCAUCAGUACCACACUAUGCCGCCAGGAACUCAAAUCCUGCAGUGCCAGACGUGUCCCCCUGCUUAAGCCAGUACAUGUCCAGGCCCGUCUGAAGUUUGCUAGAGUGCAUUUGGAUGAUCCAGAAGAGGAUUGGGAGAAUGUCAUAUGGUCAGAUGAAACCAAAAUAGAACUUUUUGGUAAAAACUCAACUCGUCGUGUUUGGAGGACAAAGAAUGCUGAGUUGCAUCCAAAGAACACCAUACCUACUGUGAAGCAUGGGGGUGGAAACAUCAUGCUUUGGGGCUGUUUUUCUGUAAAGGCACCAGGACGACUGAUCCGUGUAAAGGAAAGAAUGAAUGGGCCAUGUAUCGUGAGAUUUUGAGUGAAAACCUCCUUCCAUCAGCAAGGGCAUUGAAGAUGAAACAUGGCUGGGUCUUUCAGCAUGACAAUGAUCCCAAACACACCGCCCGGGCAACGAAGGAGUGGCUUUGUAAGAAGCAUUUCAAGGUCCCGGAGUGGCCUAGCCAGUCUCCAGAUCUCAACCCCAUAGAAAAUCUUUGGAGGGAGUUGAAAGUCCGUGUUGCCCAGCGACAGCCCCAAAACAUCACUGCUCUAGAGGAGAUCUGCAUGGAGGAAUGGGUCAAAAUACCAGCAACAGUGUGUGAAAACCUUGUGAAGACUUACAGAAAACGUUUGACCUGUGUCAUUGCCAACAAAGGGUAUAUAACAAAGUAUUGAGAAACUUUUGUUAUUGACCAAAUACUUAUUUUCCACCAUAAUUUGCAAAUAAAUUCAUUACAAAUCCUACAAUGUGAUUUUCUGGAUUUUUUUUCCUCAUUUUGUCUGUCAUAGUUGACGUGUACCUAUGAUGAAAAUUACAGGCCUCUCUCAUCUUUUUAAGUGGGAGAACUUGCACAAUUGGUGGCUGACUAAAUACUUUUUUUCCCCACUGUAGUGCCACUUUGUUUUGAACAGGAUAAGCAUCAGUUGAGAAAGGCCACCCGGCUCAUGGGUGCACCGGUGAGGUAUCAGAUGGGGCACAACAUGAAUGCUUUAGUAGCUAACACAGAGGCGCAACCAAACUAAGUGCUUUUACAACACCAUUUCUAUUUCUUCAGUGACAUAAAAAUUCUGCUUGUUUACAGCUUUGAUUGAUUGAUGUUAGCUAGCAGUGGGUUAAGAAGGAAAACUACAAGUUAUCUUACUGGGGAGUUUGUCAAAGCAGCACUACAGACAGAGCACAAUUGCCACAACCUGACACAUGCUCAAUUGCUGUAUCGUUCGUUGAGCUAAAUGCCCCAACAGGGUCUAUCAGAAACAGUCUUUUGCACUUUCUACAGUUACCGCUGGGGUGUUUUUCAUACAGUUUCACUUUUAACUGUGUUUCAGUAGUUGCCAUCACCGCCUCUGAUUGCGCAAUACUGUAGUCUAGUUGAAUAUUGAUAAAACAAAUAUUAUGCUUCUCAAAUGUUCAUUACAAAAAUGUAUUAUCAAUAAUAAUGAUAUAUUAAAUCUACUGUCUAUUGCCCUAAUGGGUGGCCCACCAUUGACAUUGCAGCUCAACUUGUGUUGUUAACAAACAAAUUUGAUGUGCCUGUCUUCUCUCACAGUCACCACAACCAUAGUAUCCACUGGCGGAGAAAAGAGGGAUGUGGUUUUCCUCAUUGACGGCACAACAGCUGUGCGCAGUGAGUUCCCCGCCAUUCGUGACAUGAUCGGGAGGGUCGUGGAAAAGCUAGAUGUGGGUCUGGAUCGGGUGAGGGUGUCAGUGGUGCAGUACAGCGACGACGCCAGUACGGCGUUCCUCCUGAACGAGCACUCCACCAAAGACGAGGUCCGCCAGGCCACGAGGAAGCUUCGGAGCAAGGGUGGGAACCGUCUGAACACUGGCCGUGCCCUCGAAUGGGUCUCCAAGAACAUCUUCCAGAAAUCAGCAGGUAGCCGCAUUGCGGAAGGUGUGCCUCAGUUCCUCAUUCUAGUCACAGGGGGCAAGUCAAACGAUGACGUCUCUGGACCGGCUAAUCAGCUGAAGACCAACCUGGUUGUCCCUCUAGCCAUCGGGGCAAAGAAUGCCGACCCCAACGAACUGAGGCAGAUUGCCCUAAAGCCAGAGCUCGCCUACUCCAUUAACAACUUCGGGCAGCUUCCAACAGUGGAGCAGCAGCUUAUUGCUUCAGUCAACACCAUGACCACAACUCACAUCUCCGGCAGUUUUGUUCCUCCAGUUUUGGAUAUUGGUAAGAGAUACUAGAUUAUUUAACCCAAUGCAGUUUCUAAAUAGUGCGUACCAAUCAGAUAUUUUUUUGAUUAUGAGGGCAAUUUCUUUUAUGUUUUGUAUGAUAUCGCCUCAACUGUUAUAAUCCCAUUGUUGACCUUUUUUAAUUAUAUUUUUGCCAACAAGAAAAGUGAAACACCACCUGCUUGACUUGUUCUUGUGUCUUACCUCUCAGCUAACCUCAAAAUGGGGAGGAAGGACAUCAUCUUUCUCAUCGAUGGCUCAGACACAACGGGCUCCAGUGGCAUCGCCCACAUCCGUGACUUCAUCCUCAACAUCGUUCAGCAACUAGAUGUGCAACCUGACCAGGUUCAGGUUGCUGUCGUCCAAUAUUCAGACAAGGUCAAGACCGAGUUCUCUCUCAACUCCCACAACAACAAACCAGCUGUGCUCUCAGCCAUCAAAAGACUACGCCAGCAGGGUGGCAGAUCGUCCAAUCUGGCUGAGGCCAUCGAGUAUGUGAUCCGGAAUGAGCUGAAAUCCUCGGCGGGUGUCCGGCUUGCAGAGGCCUCCCAGCAUCUAGUGGUCCUUACCGGCGGAAGGUCCCCCACUGAUGUGUCCGUGUACGGCCCUCUACUUAAAGGCUCUCGGGUUAACUGCAUCGGCAUCGGGGCUGGUGGAGCAGACUCCAGACAGCUCAACCAGAUUGCCACUAGCUCUGCCGAUGUUCUCCAGGUACCCACUUUCCCCGGCUUGCCUGUCAUUAAGGAGAGGUUUAUUGCCAGGCUGAACGGAACAAUCCCUGAGGAGGCACCUACAGAUUUUGUCGACCCAAGUAAGUGAAACCACACAGCAAUGCAUUCUCACCUUAUUCUGUAUAAGAAAUGUACUGAUAAAUACCAAAUAAUAGCCAAAUAAAUACUGUAGAUAGGAUUCAACAUGGCACCUUUCUCUUUCUCUCUAUCCCUCUCUCACUCUUUCUCGAUGUUCUCUCUCUCUGCAUCAGGCCUCCCUAAAGCCAAGGUUGCUGAUAUCGUAUUCUUGGUGGACGGCUCCAUCAACCUGGGCAAGGACAACUUCAAGGAGGUGAUGGAUUUCAUCCUGAACCUCGUCGACCUCUUCUUCACUGAGCGUGACAACCUGCAGAUUGGCCUGGCGCACUACACCACUGACGUCACCGACGUAUUCUACCUCAACACCUACAAGGACAAGGACGACAUAAUCAGCGCCAUCAGCCGCACCGAGUACAAGGGCGGCCGCAGGAUCAACACGGGUGCAGCCAUCCACCACGUGCAGGAAAACCACUUCAUCAAAGAGAAAGGCAGCAGGAAGGACAAGGGCAUCCCCCAGAUCCUGAUGAUCGUCACCGGCGGAAGGUCGUCCGACGACAGCAAGACCGCCGCUCUGGCGUUGAAGGCCACCGGCGUGCGCAUCUACGCUGUUGGCGUGGGUGACAUCGAGGAUGAGUUGAACAACCUGGCGAGUGAGGCCUCCACAGUGGCCAGGGCAGGCACGUUUGUGGAGCUCUCUGAGCUCAACGAGCAGAUCCUUGAGACAUUGGACGAUGAGGUGAAGGGAAUCAAGCUGUGCACUGGCAUGAGCCAGGAGCCCUCAAAAAGUGAGGACCAUUUUACAUUCUCUUCCUUAGUGUUGGUAUUAGGAGGACAUUACAUGUCAUAUCUACUUCACUUCCUCAUGCUUGUUUUACUUACGUUCACUUUCAUAUAGAAAAUUGAUUUAAAAUACAAAGAAGAGAAGCUCCAAACACCAACCACAAACCAACCUCCCCGUAUCUCCUCUCUCUCUCUCUCUUUCAGCCUGCAGUCUGGAGGUGUUGGUGGGCUUUGACGUGUCCUCACAGAACAUCUUCCAGGCCCAGAGGAUCCUGGAGUCCAAGAUGGGUGCCAUCCUCCAGAGGAUCACCAAGAUGACGGGAAUCAGUUGCUCGUCGGGCCAGAUCCCAUUGAUCCAGGUGGGCAUCCUGGCCCUGGAUGCCGCCUCAGAGCCCGUCCACCUGGAGUUCACGGAUAAUGCCGACACGCUGUUCGAGGCCUUCCGGGCACUGCGCACCCGUGGCCCCUACCUCCUCAACACCAAGACCAUUGCCGCAUAUAGUUUCAGGUUCAAAAGCCGAGCAACAGAUGCGGUUAAGGUGUGUCUGUUUGUCUCUUUUUUGUUGACUUAAUGUAAUUAUCUUCACAAACAGGGAAUGGUGUGAGAGCAGAUUUGAAGUCUGUCAUUUUAAGUGUAUCUUGAGAGUAAAGCAAACAAAUUGAAACAAAUGCCAUGAUUAAUUAAAUGAAAUGAUUGCCCACCCCGCGCACAGGUUGUGAUCCAUCUGACUGAUGGUCUGGAUGGCCAGUAUAAUGAAAUGAAGAGACAGGUUGAAGAACUUAAGAUUUCAGGUGAGGAUCAUUAUUAUGUCUGGAUAAUAAACUGUUGAAAUGGCAUUAACAGAGAAACAUCCUGGACAAAGGGAAUAGAAUCUGAGUCUUAUGUGUGUUGUGCCAUGCUAGGUGUGAACAGCUUUAUCCUGGUGGGUCUGGAGCGGGUACCAAGGUUUGAGGAGGCCGUGCUCCUGGAGUUUGGCCGUGGCUUCAGGUACACCAGACCUCUCAGAGUUAAUGUCAUGGACUUGGACUACGAGCUUCUGGAGGAACUGGUGAGUGGUGUCUAGGGUUGCAAAGCUACAGGUAAAAUACCAAAGUUACCGGAAUCGUUUUGUAAAUAACAGGUAAUCUAUGGCAAUCUAUUAUAAAUGUGGUAAUUUAUUAUUGAAUAACUUUAAAAAAUGUAUUCAUAUAUAGUAUUCAUUGUUUUAUAUCUGUGUCCAUAUUGUCAAAGAGUUUCUAGUGGAUAGACUAUAUGGUUAGAGAGAAAAUAGCAUAAUUAAUGAAAAAAGCAUCUAAUCCAAAAUGUAAUCAAAAACUCUUCCAACUAUUGUAUUUUUUCACAACUGCCACCAGUUUGGCCCCAAAACAUUUACAACAAAGACCUAUUGACAUAGUAAAAUAAAUUAAAGUGAGUAAAGAAAAAUAUAAAGGAUAAUUCAUGCUGAUUCCCUGAUAUUAAACAACAACGGUAUUCAUUAAAUUGAUGGUUUAUAUUUAGGAUAAUGUUUAACAGCAUUUGAAUCAUUUUUUAUUUGAUUUUUAAAAUAUAUUUUACAAGUGAUAAGGCCAGACAGAGGGCCAGAGAUAAUUACAGACACCUGUGAUAAUGUGAAGUACCCACAAAUGCCACUAGAUGUAAUCUGAUAAAAAUCUAUAUCCUCCAUAAAAGUUACCAAAAUUCUGGUAGUUUACUGUUAAAAUGUCAACGUUUACAGUAAUAUACCCUCCCUUUGCAACCCUAGUGUUGAUACAGUCACUCACUACUGAAAUGUAACCUGUUCUUGAACUUGUACCUGUACUGUACCAUACAGCCCAACUGCCAUGUAACCCAAAUUUGCCACACAAACACUUUGUGGAAAGAACCUGCAGAAAGACUAAGGACUAAGCUACAGUACGACCACAUUGAAUAUCUAAAGGAAGAUAAUUUAAGUCCCAGUCAAGUCAAAUAGAUUCAUAUUUUGAUUGAGUGGAUAAUCAACCAAUUAUUUUGGCUGUACACCAAAAAAAAAGUGUUCCAUCUUAAAUUCCAACUUUGUAUACUUUCCAAUUUACAGGACAACAUUGCUGAGAGGGAGUGUUGCGCAGUGCCAUGCAAAUGCACCGGCACAAGGGGAGACAGAGGAGCAGUCGGGCUUGGAGGACUGAAGGUUACUAAUGUUCUUUGUUAUUAUUGCUUGAACUUAAGUGUGAAAACAUUUCUAGGAAUAUAUUUCUAUAGACGAAAGUCCUUGUGCUUUGCUAUUGUGAUGAGUUAGUUAUAUGGUGUAGAUUUAUGCAUAAUAUGCUUCUUAUCUUGCAGGGCGGUCCAGGCGGAGCUGGUGGAGCAGGCCAUCCCGGAGAUGAGGGUGGACCCGUAAGUCAGAUUUCUGUUCAUACUGUAUCUGAAAAAUAAUUUAACCCCACAAAUAUACACUACCAGUCAAAAGUUUGGACACACCUACUGUACUCAUUCAAGGGUUUGUCUUAAUUUUUACUAUUUUUUCAAUGUAGAAUAAUAGUGAAGACAUCAAAACUAUGAAAUAACACAUAUGGAAUCAUGUAGUAAACAAAAAAGUCAAAGAAUAUUUUAUAUUUGAGAAUCUUCAAAUAGCCACCCGCUGCCUUGAUGACAGCUUUGCACACUCUUGGCAUUCCCUCAAACAGCUUCAGCUGGAAUGCUUUUCCAACAGUCUUGAAGGACUUCCCACAUAUGCUGGGCACUUUGUUGCUGCUUUUCCUUCACUCUGCGGUCCGAUGCAUCCCAAACCAUCUCAAUUGGGUUGAGGUCGGGGAUUGUGGAGGCCAGGUCAUCUGAUGCAGCACUCCAUCACUCUCUUUCUUGGUAAAAUAGCCCUUACACAGCCUGGUGGUGUGUUGGGUCAUUGUCCUGUUGAAAAACAAAUGAUAGUCCCACUAAGCCCAAACCAGAUGGGAUGGCGUAUCGCUGUAGAAUGCUGUGGUAGCCAUGCUGAUUAAGUGUGCCUUGAAAUAUAAAUAAAUUACAGACAGUGUCACCAACUAAGCACCCCCACACCAUAACACCUCCUCCUCCAUGCUUUACGGUGGGAAAUACACAUGCGGAGAUCAUCCGUUCACCCACACUGCGUCUCACAAAGACACAGUGGUUGGAACCAAAAAUCUCAAAUUUGGACUCCAGACAAAAGGACAAAUGUCCACCUGUCUAAUGUCCAUUGCUCGUGUUUCUUGGCCCAAGCAGGUCUCUUCUUCUUAUUGGUGUCCUUUAGUAGUGGUUUCUUUGAAGCAAUUCGACCAUGAAGGCCUGAUUCACACUGUCCCUUCUGAACAGUUGAUGUUGAGAUGUGUCUGUUACUUGAACUCUGUGAAGCAUUUACUCUGUGUAGCCAGUUUCAUCAUAGCCCUUGAUUGUUUUUGCGACUGCACUUAAAUAAACUUUUCUCUUGAAAUGUUCCAGAUUGACUGACCUUCAUGUCUUAAAGUAAUGAUGGACUGUCAUUUCUCUUUGCUUAUUUGAGCUGUUCUUGCCAAAUAUGGACUUGGUCUUUUACCAAAUAGGGCUAUCUUCUGUAUACCCCCCCCCCCCUACAAUGUAGAAAAUAGUAACAAAUUAAGACAAAUCUGGAAUGAGUAGGUGUGUCCAAACUUCUGACUGGUACUGUAUGUGCAGCUUUCUUUCUGUCUUCAUUAGUAAGACUGUGCCCUCAGUCCACACUAUACACCUGCUCUGAAGUUUAAUACUAAUAAUUCCAGAUGCUCAAAGUGCAAUCAAAUCAAAGUUUAUUUGUUAUGUGCACAGGAUACAGCAGGCGUAAAACAGUACAGCGAAAUGCUUACUUACAAGCUCUUCCUCAACAGUGCAUUGAAUACUAGGUCACAAAUGUGUAGCACCCUAGGGUGAUGCACGGCAACCAUCGUCAAUCUCAAUGUUAUUCGAUACAGUGUACACUAUGUUUUGUUACAUGAAAUCUCUUACUUCUCAUCCUCUGACAGGGAGACAGAGGUCCUCCUGGUGUCAACGGAACUCAAGGUUUCCAGGGCUGUCCUGGACAGAGGGGCAUCAAGGUAAGUACCCACUUAGCACUACUGUAUCAAUCAACAGGUUAAUUGAUGUGAAAUCAUAAUGGAAUGUAGUACUUUUUUGCAUAGAAUAUUUAACAAUGUAUAUCUAUUUUUUCUCUCUUGAUCAGGGUGGUCGUGGGUACUCUGGAGAAAAGGUGAGUUUUUGAAAUUGAGAAAUCAUUACUUACAGUGCCUUCAGAAUGUAUUCACACCCAUUGACAUAAAAAUAAAUAUAAAAAAUAAAACACUAAUAUAUCUUGAUUAGAUAAGUAUUCAAUUACAAUUAGAAUCACCUUUGGCAGUGAUUACAGAUGUGAGUCUUUCUGGGUAAGUCUCUAAGAGCUUUGCACACCUGGAUUGUACAAUAUUUGCACAUAAUUCUUUUUUUAUUAUUCUUCAAGCUCUGUCAAGUUGGUUGUUGAUCAUUGCUAGACAGCCAUUUUCAUGUCUUGAUAUAGAUUUUCAAGGCGAUUUAAGUCAAAAUUGUAACUAGGCCACUCAGGAACAUUCAAUGUCGUCUUGGUAAGCAACUCCAGUGUAUAUUUGGCCUUGUGUUUUAGGUUAUGGUCCUGCUGAAAGGUGAAUUUGUCUCCCAGUGUCUGUUGGAAAGUAGACUGAACCAGGUUUUCCUCUACUGAGGGACCUUACAAAUAAUUGUAUGUGUUGGGUACAGAGAUGAGGUAGUCAUUCAAAAAUAAUGUUAAACACUAUUAUUGCACACAGAGUUAGUACAUGCAACUUAUUACGUGACUUGUUAAGCACAUUUUUACUCCUGAACUUAUGGAGGCUUGCACACAUGGGUUGAAUACUUAUUGACACAAGACAUUUCAGCUUUUCAGCUUUUCAUUUUUUAUUAAUUUGUAAAAAUGUCUAAAAACAUAAUUCCACUUUGACAUUAUGGGGUCUUGUGUGUAUGCCAGUGACACAACAUUUUGAAAAAGUCAAGGCGUGUGAAUAAUUUCUGAAGCAACUGUAUGUUCAAAUGAUAAUAGAUACAGUAUAUUGAUCACAUAAUACUGUUGAUUGUUUGAACGUUAAUGAUGCGUAUCAACCCCCAACAACCCUUGUCUUCUAUCAGGGUGAAUUUGGAGAGAUUGGCCUGGAUGGCAUCAAUGGAGAAGAGGUAAGAAAAACUUCACUUUAAGAUAUUUUAAACUAUGGCAUGGACUGAAAAUCAACCCUAAAGUUAGGGUCAUACCGAACUUCAAGGGAUCAGUUACAGCUUUUCAAAUCUUGGUCUCACGUCAGAAGGGCUUUUGAAAUCAUCUCUUUAAUCCAACAUCUUACAAAGCAAAAUGUACCAUAACUCCAACUUCGAGUGCUUUUGCUUGAAGCUGUUCCCACAAAACAGACCCACGGUAGUAGAGACUAAUAUGAUGACUUAUGAUGAACUGUUAGACCACGCUGGAAUGUGUGGCUGACUGAUUUAUUGCCUUCCACUAGGGCAAGAGUGGAGUCGCUGGAUCACCAGGAGACAGAGGAAACCCUGGGAGAAGGGUGAGUCCUUGUAUGGUCUUUGCAACCUCACAAAUAUCAUUGCUGAUACCUUUCCAUGCAUUCAUUCAUUUUCAUGAUUCUGACAUGGUUAUCACUCACAAAAUACUUCUGUGUUUCUGUGUUCAGGGACCCAAAGGAACUAAAGGACAUGCAGGAGACAUCGGGGACACCGGAAUCACAGGAGAUCCUGUGAGUAUCCGCUGACCGCUUGAUUCCAGAUCAGAGCUUGUUUUCUUUACAGAAUGAUUUCAUUCAGGGCCAUUGAUGGGUAAACUGAUCCUGGUUCAAUCGUCAGUUGCUAUUUCCUUAUAAUGAUAUCAGGACAUGUAAUGAUUGGGAUUCUUAUGGUAGAUAUAACAGAGAAACAAACCAAACUAGUCAACAAUGUAUUUGUACCACAUCAUUAACAGCCAAACUGAUUCUGAAUCUGAUUCCGUUUGCUUUAUGUUUUCUAGGGAGCCACAGGGCAAGAUAACAACGUGGCUGGACCUAAAGGAGACCCAGGCGAUGUCGGCCCAG